UUCACCAAAGUGGUUCAAAGCAAGGGACAAGCUUUUAUUACCAAUCCAUGGAGUGGAAUAAUUUUUGUAUUGGUGGAAACCGAUGAAAACCGAAACGCCCUCUUUCUCCUUCACGCAUAAAACCCACUCACAACUUCUUCUCUUCAAUUGGGCACAGGCACAAUCAUGGCGAAGAAGAGAAAAUCCAUAGCCUCAAGCAUGGACGAGGUGGACCGAACCAUGUACGCUUCAUUUUCCAGUGCUGCCAAUUCUCUCUCACACCUCUACACUCUCUCCAUGAACCGCCACAAACUCUCCUUCCAAGCCGGUGAACGCCACUCCCUUGAAAAGCUUUAUCAGUGGAUCCGGAGGCAACAAGAGGGUGGAUCAAGAGUUGCACCUGUUGAUAUACUCGGCUACAUUCAGAAUGAGCUGGAUUAUUGUGGAGAGGAACCGUGUAUGUCACCUAGAAUUCCACAGCAACACCAACAAUCACAACCACUAAUGCAUGCCACUGUCACUGGUUCAGGCUUUCCCGUAACUACAGAAUUUCCUGGCCAGACACUUAUGGGGCAGGGACUCAGGUCUGAGCACAGUGAUAAUCAAUCAAAGAAUUCCGUGUUUUCAAAUGCGUUGUCAAAUCCUGUUCGUCAAGUUGGUGAGGUAGGGAACUACACUGAAGACAACUUUCUUCAGCAGCAAAGCAGGGACUCUGCUUCAUUCAGUUUCAAUGAUGCUGCCAUGGACAUGCAUUCAGACUAGUCUUCUGUUUCAUCUACUGAAUGUGUUUGCUUCACCAUCCCUCUACAUUACCUGCAGAAAGAUUGAAUAAUCAGCGGAAGGGCAUAUCUGAGUUUUGAUCUUUGUGUCCCUACAGAAAACAGCAUUAACUUAUUACAACGCAUGCUUGUACCAUCCAAGUUGAGUAAUGGCUUAGGUCUUCAAUGUUCUUUGUAAAGUUUGUUGUUGAAAUAGUUUAAAGGUAUCAAAAUUUGUACCCUGAUUUCUCUCAGAUACAAACUUUAUUUCAAUGUAGGCAUUACUUCUAUUUCAA